UGGUCCUUUGACCCACUGGAUGCAAUUGUAGCACAUUCCGGACCUUUUGUUUGGUCACCCUCCCCAAGCCCAACGCGACCGGCUCCCAGGGCUCGAACCCACGCCGUUUCUUUAUAGUCUCUUUCUUUGGCCACCGGCGCCAUGUCGAAUUCUUCUGCGAUCGUGCAAACCUCUUUGGCGGCCAGCUCCUCGCCCGCGCCUGUUUCCCUCUCCUCCGCGAUUGUCUCGUCUGCAACUCCAGAGCCCUCCUCGACCCCGAUUGCCUCCUCGACCCCGAUUGCCUCCUCGACCCCGAUUGCCUCCUCGACGCCAGCUCCAUCGAGUGCUGUUGUCGCGACCUCGGUCGUCACAACGGCUGCAGCACCCCCUUCGACAAAAGUCAUCACCUCUCAAAUCACAGUGAUGCCAACCGUCGCCGGUGAAAGCCCCAGCACCGUCGUUGUAUUCAUCACAUCUGUGACCACACCCGAGCAGACAUCAGCCGCAGCAGCCACCACCUCAUCUGCGAAGUCGUCAUCUACAACCACUGGCUUGGCUGGACUGCAAACACAACAAACCAAAGAAACAAAAACAGGACUGAGCACUGCAGGCAAGACAGCCAUUGCCGUUGUGAUACCAGUUGUUGUGGUCGCUGCUCUUGUGCUGGUGGGCAUUUUCCUCUGGAAGAAGCGAAAGCAGCGGAAGGACGCCGAGGAGGCCAGGAGGAAGGAAGUCGAGGAAUAUGGCUUCAAUCCUAACAACGACCCCACGCUCCCUGCCGUAGGUGCUGGCUCGGUGAUGACAGAGGACAAUAGUGGUUACCGAGGAUGGGGAAACACAACGAACCCAUCAUCGAACAGGAAGCCGUCCACGACCCUGUCGGGUGGCAUUGGAGGCAUUUCGGAUACUACCAGCAACCCAGGCGGAUACCACAGCCCAAACUCGCCAACACAGGUGUCAGAAGGCCACUCAGGUGACCCGCUUGUGGCAGGUAACCGAGACACAAUGGACUCGGAAACCAUUGGUGCUCUAGGAGCCGCUCCAGUUGCGGGACAGAACCGCUCAGAUAUUCGUCGUGGGCCCUCAAAUGCAUCGUCGUCAUACUCGGCCGGCAAUCGAUCCGACAACUCUGGAGAGAUGCCAAUUCCUAUGAACAACCCACAGGACUACUAUAACGAAGCCGGAUACUACCAGCCUGGGCCAUACGGGGACGGCACAUACGGGGGAGGACAGCAACCCGUGAUCCGCGACGUAUCAGCACGGCGAAACACACGAAUCGAGAAUCCAUCAGUCUUCCCACAACAAGGCAACUCUGGCAUCGCCCAGAAUUUCUAGUUGGCCUUUGUCUUGCUUCAUGCGUUUCUGCAUCUCGUAUACAAACCAGUCUUUCAAGUCACGGCGGCGUUCACUGGUGGUCCACGCAUUUUGACGACUCUUAACCUCUCCGUGUUCCUGGAACGCAGUUUAAGCUACCACCACACCCGAGACGGUUACCACUAUAUAAUUAUACCACCUCUCUCUCACUCGCAGAGCAAAUGCUGCGGUACCCCUCCAUUGUUAGCAUCUCACGCCUCCAAGCUCAUUCUGGAGGCUCGUUU